AUGACUUCCCUUUCCAAUUUUAUUUUGAUUUCUGAUGCGUUGAUAGAGUUCAAUGCAGAUAUUUGUGGCGAGACCCUAUCCUCUUCAACAGUUCACUCUUUGGAGGUACACAAAGAGGAGUUAAGAAAUCUAUGGCUACGUGUUAGGCCAGUUUAUGAGUCCAGUAUGAGCGAGGUCUCAAGAUCUGACGAAAAUGCAAAGGUUGAUAUUGAGACGUUGAAAGCUCGAUACCAGACUGCAUACCAGACAUAUGUUUCCAGUAUUUCUAGGAUCUGCGAGCAGAUUGAGCUCAAGAGGGCAAUUUCGACAGCAUCUUCCGCUCCAGUGGUGCAGAAUUCCGACAUAGGUCUCCAUUCUAACGUUCAUUUACCCCCUUGCGACAUUGAGGCAUUCUCCGGUGAUUAUUCCAGUUGGCCGUCAUUUCGUGAUUUAUUCACCGCUCUUUAUGUUCGGAAUGCACGAUUGUCUUCCGUGGAGAAGUUGUUUCACCUUAAUAAUAAGACUCGCGGUGAAGCACUGGAAAUUGUUCGAAAGGCUCCACUUACGAAUGAGGGGUUUGAUGUCGCAUGGGGGGCUUUACGAGCAAGAUUUGAGAAUAAGAGGCUGCUUAUAAAUACCCAGCUAAGGAUUCUCUUUAGUCUUGAAAACGCUUCUGUCGAAUCCAGUGAUUCUAUUAAGAGACUUCGAAGCGCCAUUAAUGGGGUUAUAUCUGCAUUGAGGCUGUAUGACGUUGAUAUUUCAAGUUGGGAUCCUGUAUUUGUGUAUCAUUGCAGCACGAGACUCUCAGAGACUACACUGUCACUGUGGGAACAUUCGUUGCAGGAUAAGAGGGAGAUCCCCUCUUGGAAUGAACUUGAUUCAUUUUUGACCAGCCGCUUUCAGACUUUAGAGACAGUAUCCGAUUUUAAUAGGUCAUUACCGUCCGCUAGUUCGAAUGAUAAGCCCAAGAAUCAGGCCAAGAGUAACAUUCCGAAACGUGUGGGCUCAUAUCAGAAUAGUUUGGCUCCUCCAGUUUGCAAGCUUUGCCCAGAUGAACGUCACACUAUUCGAUUGUGUCCACGCUUUAUUUCUAUGAAUUAUUCUGGUCGAUUGUCGUGUAUAAAAAAGUACAAAUUGUGCUUAAAUUGCUUCUCGAAGGCUCAUGGGGUUAGGGAUUGCAAGAGUGCUUAUAACUGUGGUGAGUGUCAGAGAAGACACAACACUCUUCUUCAUAGAGAUGUGCCUGAGCCGGUCCAAAAUGCCCCUCCAGCCGAGGAUCCCACCGUGGGGGACAAUACAUUGCAGGUUCAGUCUUGUGCCGCGACUCGCAUUAACAUGGUUCUCUUGGGAACGGUGGUAGUUAAUAUUGUCUAUAAUGACGAGAUUUUCCCUGCACGGGCCUUGAUAGAUUCGGGUUCCGAGGCAUCCUUCAUCUCUGAGAAAUUUUUUAAUCAAUUACGGUUACCCUCUAAAUUCGCUUCCACCAAGAUAUUUGGUUUGAAUGGGACUACUUCGGCUCAAUCCAAAAGAAUGUGUUCGUUGACCAUCGGAUCUCGAUUUGAUGCCGAGGUAGUCAUUGAGGCAACGGCCAUAGUUAUUCCACAUCUCACAUCGGCUUUGCCCACUUUUGGUGUUGAACGGGGAAUAUUUUCAUCACUUCCCGAUUUGCGACUUGCUGACCCGGAGUUUUACAAGACCUCACAUAUAGAUAUGUUACUGGGUGCUGACUUGAUUCCGUUUAUCAUGCUGGGUGGAGUUCGGCGUAACGUAUGCGAUUCACUUAUAGCUCAGGAGACGGUGUUCGGAUGGAUUUUGACUGGCCCGGUCAAGUUGUCUCCGAUUAGCUCUUUUAACGCCCGUGUCUCCUUUUUCAAUGGGGCUUCCUUGGAUAGGCAGAUAUCUAGGUUUUGGGAGGUGGAAGACCUUCCCAGACAUAGAGAGAUGAGUCCAGACGAUUUCAUAUGCGAAGAGAAUUACAAGAAUACGACUAGAAGGGACUCCUCCGGACGUUAUAUUGUAUCUCUUCCAUUCAGAGAGGGGUUCCCCCACUCCCUUGGCUUGGGACACUCCCGAAAGUUGGCGGUAGCCCAGUUUCUUCGGAGUGAGAAGCGUCUUCUUGGAACGCCCGAUGCGUCUACGAAGAUCCGAGUAGUGUUUAACGCUUCAAGCCCGACUAGCAAUGGACGAAGCUUGAAUGACGUUUUGCUCAGUGGGCCAUCCUUGCAGCUCGAUUUGACCCUGUUACUCCUACAGUGGCGUUUCUUCCGCUAUGCUUUUAACUGUGACAUCGAAAAGAUGUACCGCCAAAUUCUGGUGGAUAAUGAACACACACGCUUUCAUAGGAUUGUCUUUCGUGACUCGCCCUUGAAUGCCAUUAGAGAAUACGAAUUGAAGACAGUCACGUUUGGGGUCAAUUGUGCUCCAUAUCUUGCGAUACGCACGCUCCUGCAAUUGGCUGAAGAUGUGGGUGAGAUCUAUCCUAUAGCCAGCCACAUUUUGAGGACAUGCAUGUAUGUCGAUGACGUUUUGGCUGGCGCUCACGAUAUUGAGGAGGCUAUGGAGGCUCAACGUCAACUGAUAGGGGCACUUGAAUCCGCAAAAUUCUCCCUAAGAAAAUGGACUUCGAAUUCCGCUACCUUCCUACGAAACAUUCCGAAGGAGCAUCUUUGA